ACUCGCGGAACCGCGCCCCCUCGCCUCGCCGCCGCACGAAUCGCGAGGCGGACCGGAGCCCUAGCCCAGCCGCCCCGCCCCUCCUCGGCGGAGCAUCCAUGGCCGGCGGCAAGCGCCGCCACGCGCGCAACCCGACCGCCGGCGGGCCCAGGCGCGGCGCCGGUGCCGGGCGCCGCCGCUCCGUCCCCCAGCUCCCGUCCUUCGUCUCUCCGGCCUCCGUCGCCGCCGCGUUCUCCUCGUCGGCAUCGGGCGGCCGCGGGGGGAGGGGCGGCCGGGGGUCGUCGAAUUCCGCGUCAGACGACUCCUCCCCCCACGCCGUUCCCUUCAGCUACGCGGGGUCCCGCCCCUGCGCCGCCUCCUCCGAGGGGGUGGCCCAGAUGCUGGAUGUGUCAAUCGACACCGCACCCUGCGCCGACCUGGCCGCCGCCACCGUUCCCGUGUAUUCCUACGGCCCAGUCGGCGUGAUCGGGUUAGGAUUCCACGGCGAGGAGAACGCGGAGGAGGAGGAGGAGGAGGAUGGGCUGCAUCUCGGGUUGGGAUUCCGUGGCUGCGGCAACGAUGUUGAGGUGGAGGUGUUGGAGGGGGCCAGCUUCGUGACGCCGAGGAAGCCGAAGGGGAAGCACAAGGGCAGGCGCAACGAGGGAUUCCUGUCGAUUGGGGGAGUUCGGAUCUACACGGAGGACAUCUCAUCGCCGGAGUCUGAGGGGUUGGUUGGCUCUGAUUUGGAAUCGCAGUCAGAUUCCGAUGAGAUAGACGGCAGUGAUGAAGAAGAAGACACUGAUGUCAACGAAGGAGGUUCUGAGUCCGAGGAAGAGUCUUCGGGAUCUGACUCAAAGCAAGACUUGAGCAUUGGUGAUUCAUCAGUCGACGAUGAAGUUGUUGCUGAUUACAUGGAGGGGAUCGGCGGGAGCGAGGAGCUCUUAAGCAGCAAGUGGGUGGCCAGUAUGAAUUUGGUUGAUUCGGAUGAUGGCGAUGAGAUGGAUGGGUUCUUGAAGGAGCGAAAGGGGAAGGGGAAGGGACAUGUUGAGGGUUAUGCGCUGAUGAACGCAUUGGAGCUGAUGGAUGCAUCGGAGCAGUAUGGGAUGAAGAGGCCAAACUCAGCUGAUCGGAUGAAGGGAAAGGGCCCUGCUGUCAGGGCUUGUGACCGGGACCUGGCAAGUAUGAGAGUGAUGGGUCUGGAUGAUGUGAUGAUGGUAAAGGAUCUACGCAUGACAAGCAGAUCCAGGAAGGGGGCAAAGGUGGCUUCAUCAUCUUCUGACCUCUCCAGGUCCUGGCCUAAUGAGAGUAGGAAAAGCAAGAAAUAUCAUAGUGUACCAGGUGAGAAAAAGAAGCAUCGGAAGGAACUCAUUGCAAAGAAACGCCGCCAACGAAUGUUAGGCAGAGGAGUUGAUUUAGAUCAAAUUAACACUAAAUUGAGGAAGAUGGUUGUAGAUGAGGUUGAUAUGGUAUGCUUCCAACCAAUGCACUCUCGGGACUGUUCACAGGUGCAGCGCCUUGCAUCUAUUUAUCACUUGAAAAGUGCGUGUCAAGGUUCAGGCAAGAAAAGAUUUGUCACUGUGACAUUAACUGCGGACUCUUGCUUGCCAUCAGCAGAGGGCCAAAUUCGACUUGAUAAGCUCAUAGGAACUGAACCUGAGGACUUUGCUGUCAAUUGGGAGAACUCUAAACGUCCAGCCCAAACAAAGGGACUCUCAGCUCCAGGAAAAUUGUCGAGGAAUCAGACAUCCAGUGGAAAGAAAUCUUCCAAGAGACAAGUAUCACUUGCUGACCGUCCUGUGUCUUUUGUCUCCUGUGGCACAAUGGCGGAAUCUGUUACCGAGACAAUUGCAGUUGCCUCUACCAGUGGUGAAGCCUCAUGUGAGAAAAUAGUUGAAAGCAACUCUGUCAAGCUGGGAACCUUUGAGAUGCAUACCAAGGGUUUUGGUUCUAAGAUGAUGGCUAAGAUGGGAUUCAUUGAGGGAACUGGCCUCGGCAAAGAUGGCCAAGGCAUGAUGCAGCCCAUCGAAACCGUCCAACGUCCCAAAUCUCUCGGGCUGGGAGUAGUAUUCGACAGCGAGGCUGAGGCAAUCAAAGCAAGGUCAGAGCCAACAGCCAAAGCGAGAUCAGAACCGAAGCGAUUCUCUCGGAAAGUCGAGAUGAGCGGUGUCGGUUCCUUUGAGAGGCAUACAAAGGGCUUUGGAUCCAAGAUGAUGGCGAGGAUGGGGUUCGUUGAGGGCUCUGGCCUGGGGAAGGACGGCCAGGGCAUCGUCACCCCUCUUACUGCGGUGAGGCGACCCAAGUCAAUGGGGCUGGGAGCCAAGGAUAAGUAUUAACAAACAUAGCAGGUCGCCGUGCAUUCUUCUAGCAAGCUGGAAUCUGGAAUCUAUCGCGAUGGCAACGGGAGUGCCCGGUCUUCCAUCAGUUAAUGAUAAUUAUCGAUUUGAUAGCUUUCGAUCACUAAAACUGACCCUUGCAAUCGCAGCAUCUUGUCAACGAUGAGCCGUCAGUUGACUUAGCCAAUAAGACUUAUAUCUCUAUGUUAAUCGAAGAACAUAAGUAAGAACAAGAAAAAUACCCUCAAUUGCAUUAGUAUGAUUAAACUAGCCAAUAAGACUAAUAUUUAGUCUCUGUAGGUGAAUCGAAGUAGGAACAAGAAAAAUGCACUAAAUUGAAUUCGUAUGAUUAAACUCUUGAAGUUGGGGUUUCAUAAAUUGAUCUAUUAAAACCUAACUGCAACUUAGUCGAUCUGCUCGUGGAUCUGAAAUUGAUAUGAAUUAGAUUGGAACACGAGGCUCAUCUAAAUUUGAUCCAUAUUUUUGUUUGGAUGAUCAUUGAAUGUCUUGGUCCUAUAUCCAUACUUUCUAAUCAAAAUUAAAUUAC